AUGUCAUGCAUACCAGAUAAUUAUUAUACAAAAAUAUAUAUCAUAUUUCAGGCUGACAUUUGUCAUGCAUACCAGAUAUUACACAGUCAUGGUAUACCUGAUGAAAGAAUUGUUGUUAUGAUGUAUGAUGAUAUUGCAGAUAACAGAGAAAAUCCUGUAAAGGACAACAUCAUCAACAGACCUGAUGGCCCAAAUGUCUACCAAAAUGUGUUAAAAGAUUACACAAAAAUGGAAGUGAACCCAGAAACAUUUAUAAAUGUUUUGAAAGGAGAGAAAGAUAAAGUUAAUGGGAAAAAAGUCAUUGACAGUGGUCCCAAGGAUCAUGUGUUUGUUAACUUUGUUGAUCAUGGUGGACCUGGUAUCUUGGGCUUUGGCAGUAAAAUGUUGAAGGCACAAAAGUUGAUGGAUGCCAUCAUGUACAUGCAUGACCAAAAAAGAUAUAAAAAACUGGUGAUUUACGUAGAGGCUUGUGAAUCAGGAUCCAUAUUUUAUGAUCUCUUACCUAAAGAUAUUAAUGCAUAUGUUACAACAGCCUCUAAUGCCCAUGAAUCAUCAUAUGCGUGUUAUUUUGACAAGACUCGAAAGACAUACCUCGGUGAUGUUUAUAGUGUUAAAUGGAUGGAGGAUUCUGACAAGGAGGAUUUGAAGUCAGAAACUUUACAGAAACAAUUCAUGAUUACAAAGUCUGAGACUAAUACAAGUCAUGUACAGGAGUUUGGAGACAUGAGUAUAGGAGAUAUGACUGUUGCAGAGUUUCAAGGAAUGCAGGCAGCAAAGGGAGAUAAAUUCAGAAAAGCACCCCCUAGACCUAAAGAUCCCUGUGAAGAUGCUGUGAAGUCUGAAGACGUUCCCCUGGAGAUUCUACGACGCAGUCUGAACCUUGUGGAGUCGAAAGAAGAAGCUCAAGAACUAGAGGCAAAAAUACAAGCUAUCAACAAGGAGCGAUACAUUGUUAAUAAAACUGUAAAGAUGAUUGUUGGUAUAGCAACAGAUGAUCAUGUGACCUCUACUAACAUGAUGGAAACACGCAGUCAUAUUCAGGACUGGGAAUGUUAUGAGCAGGUUCUUGAUUUCCUGGAUGAAAAUUGUGAUGAUCACCUUAAUAUUCCAGAGAAUGAUUAUGCUCUGAGAAAGUUGUACAUGUUUGUAAACAUGUGUGAAGAAAGGAUUCCAGUUGCCACCAUAACAAGUGCCAUAGAAAAGGUCUGCCUUGAUGCAACUGUGCUGGAAGACUAAAUCAAGUUUCUGCAGGACCAAGAAUAAACAACCUGACAUUUAAAGUACAUUCUGUAAUGAUAAAUCAGCACAUAUAAAUGGUUGUUUACAUCAUCAUCAUUAUAUGAUUUAUUGUUAUCCAAUUAUUGACUAUUAAGUCCAUGAAGUGUCCAGAGUAAUUUUGAAAAACAAUAUCUUUUAAUAUCUGAAACAUUAACAAGCUUAAUAUAAUGGAAAAAUAUCUUGAAUAAAUUAAAGGCUGAGUUAUAAAGAGUCUAUAGGAAAUUAGACUUUUAUGUUUUUGUAUACAUGAUAUUCUAUAUGUUGAAUGAAGGUGUAAUGUUUGUUACGUUUUUAUCCAAAAGUCUUCCUUAUAACGUGUACCUAUUUCUUUUUUACAGAAGGUCAAUUAUUUUACAGUUACUGUAAGGAGAGAUCAAUGAAACAUUUUACAUAUAUUACAUCAUGGAAUUUGAUUUUCUGUUUUGAAUAAUUUUUAAAUUUCAAUGUUUACAGAUAUAUACAUAUAUCAGAUAUAAUAUCUAGCACGUGUCAUGGAAUGUGAUUUCGUGCAACAGUUCUCUGUGAUAGACAUUUGUUUUACUAAUAUUAUUAUAGGUAGCAGUAAAAACUGAUAUUUAUUACUAGAUUUUGUAUAUUUAUAACAGUAUUUUUAUAUCUAAAGGUUGCUUUUACUGCUGAUAAUGUGUUGUUGUUAUGCUACUAGUGUCAGAGUUGAUAUUCUUUGUAACUAGGUUGUAACUUAUGACGAAAGAACAAUGUAGUAAAAUUCUUAUAACAUUCCAUUAUUUUACAAUAACUUAAUUACUAUUUUAUUGAAAUAUAUCGUUUUUUUUCUUCUACAAUAAUGGCUAUGUUCAUUUAUGAUAUGUUAUGGCCAUGCAUGUGAGGUUAAAAGAAUAAGUGUGACGGGCUAAGCAAGCUACUCAAUUCUCUCGGGAAAAAACCUAUCAACAGUGAUAAAAAAGUGCAAACCUAACACCUUGUAUGGCAUAAUACUGAAUAGAAUACGUUUUAAUGACUUAUGUUGGAUAUUUAAAGAGUGAAAGAACUGUGUUGAUACAUAAUUGAAGGAUUUUUCAACUUCUACACGCCUUUGGAAUUAAUACCAGAUGUUUAAUAGCACUUUACUUCAUAUUGAUCUCGCAUUAUGUAUUUAUGUAGUGCUGAUGAUAACUUUUGGUAGCAAAAAAAAAUGAGCCGUGUCAUGACAAAACCAACAUAACAGGUUUGCGACCAGCAUGGAUCCAGACCAGCCUGCGCAUCCGCGCUGUCUGAUCAGGAUCCAUGCUGUUCGCUUACAGACCCUAUAUCAAGUAGAGAAACUGAUAGGGAACAGCAUGGAUCCUGAUCAGACAGCGCGGAUGCGCAGGCUGGUCUGGAUCCAUGCUGGUCGCAAACCCAUUAUGUUGGUUUUGUCAUGACGCGGCUCAAAUGAUAAACUUACAUGUUGGUGUAUAAUUACAGAAUCUUAUAUUGUAAUUAAAUAUGUUUCUUGUUGUAUUUUGAUAAUUUUGUAGAGAAAAACUGUGCAAUAGCAAUGAUCUGUAUGACUGAUGGAUUUAACCAUUGUAAUAAAGGUUGUUAUAUCAUAUA